AUAUUUCUAAUAAAAAAGUAAUUCCUAAAGAGCUAAAUUUUAUUCACCUUUGCAUUUAUGUUGAAGAAAGCUACAUAACAACAACAAACUCCAUAUCAUUUACUUAAUCCUUAGUACAAGACAAAAUUGUGCUAACCUAAUUGUCUCCCAAAGAGAAAAUAGAUGGGCAAGUUUUGAGAAGCAAUAUCCAACGUCAUCUCCGUCCUCAUACCUCAUACCUCAUACCACUUCCAACACCAGAAAGCUUCAAAACCUAGAAUGGCGCUAAAAUCAAUUAUCCCAUUUCCGAUUUUCGCACCAAUUCCAACAACCACAACCGCCACCCCAUCAACUGAAAUUCGAUUCUCACGGUGGAAUAAUGCGAACGCCGAUAAAUUUGAGCGAAAUCGCCGAACUCAACAGCAAAUUGAAGAUGAAAUUCGCCGAUUUCGUCGAUUUGAAUCUGCUGUCAACAUUUCUACUAUGCACGAUUCUAAUUCAUCCACUACAAACCCGUCUUUUAAGUCUAUUGGUACACCUUCAGUUCCUUCUCUAUCCUCGAUUCCGGGCAAAAAAUCCAAAUACUCAAAACCCUACAGGAACCCUAACCCUAAUUCGAGGAAUUCAUCUCACCCCGCAUUUCGCAGGGUGUCGAAACGGCCGAAGUUCCCGAUAAAAGAGGAAACGGAUUGGGCUCCUGGAUUAGGUGUAGAAACGGAUAUUAGAGUUGGGGAAAAUGGGUUGACAUAUGUGGUGCCUGGGGCUCCAUUUGAGUUUAUGUAUAGCUAUACCGAGACGCCUAAGAAUGUGAAGCCCAUUGGGCUUAGGGAGCCUGCUGUUACUCCGUUUGGGCCUGGCACGAUGCCCCGUCCAUGGACAGGGCGGAAGCCGUUGCCGGGGAGUAAGAAGGAGUUGCCGCAGUUUGAUUCUUUUAAAGUGCCGGAACCUGGGAAGAAAGGUGUGAAACCUGUUCAGAAGCCUGGCCCAUUUUUGCCGGGUUCGGGGCCAAAGUAUGUGAUGUCCAGGGAGGAGAUAUUGGGAGAACCUUUGACAAAUGAGGAGAUUAAGGAAUUGGUGGAAGGGUGUAGGAAAACCAAAAGGCAGCUUAAUAUGGGUAGAGAUGGUUUGACACACAAUAUGCUGGAUAAUAUCCAUGCUCAUUGGAAGCGACGAAGGGUUUGUAAGAUAAAGUGCAAAGGGGUUUGUACAGUAGAUAUGGAUAAUGUGUGCCAACAAUUAGAGGAAAGAACUGGAGGGAAAAUUAUAUACCGCCGAGGAGGCAGUGUAUACCUUUUCCGUGGUAGAAACUACAACUAUAAAACUAGACCUCGCUUUCCUCUUAUGCUGUGGAAACCUGUUACACCUGUAUACCCCAGAUUAGUCAAACGAGUGCCAGACGGUCUGACAUUAGAACAGGCAACUGAACUGCGGAAAAAGGGACGUGAGUUAAUGCCAAUAUGCAAGCUUGGGAAAAAUGGUGUAUAUGUUAGUUUAGUAAAAAAUGUCAGGGAGGCAUUUGAAGCAUGCGAGUUGGUGAAAAUCAACUGUCAAGGAUUGAACCCUAGUGAUUAUCGUAAAAUUGGCGCAAAACUCAAGGAUCUUGUCCCAUGUGUGCUUAUCUCAUUUGAAAAUGAACACAUACUAAUCUGGAGAGGAAGAGACUGGACGUCAUCUCUCCUACUGCCAGAAGGUGGUGCAAAGGGUGACAAAAUUUCUGGAUUUGACAGUACUGCAUCUCAUGACUCGUGUACUGUCCUUCCAUUAGAAUCUGAGGAUGAAGAAGAGUUUUCAUGUUUGUCAAAUAUCUCCAGUCAAGGAGCAAGUGUUGAAGUGCUUGAUCUAAGCAAAAGUUUGGCUGAUGGUCAAGAGGCGGUUGAUACAAAAGAGGAGGAUAAAUGCUUUUUGAAGGAUGAUUCAUUGUUGGAGGUUAAUGUAGUGGUUCCAUCUCAGACAAGUUUUCACAAUGGAACCAAGUCAACUUUGAAUGAUCCUUCUCGUGGCGAGAUUAAUUCUGUUAUUGGUUCAUCGGAAAAACCAAGUAGGACAGUUGAUAUUUCUCAUGAAGAGCCAACUUCCAUGUCAACAUGUUCUGGUACUGGAUUUGAUACAGAUGGUACUGACUACUUGAUACAUUCACUGGGGAACUCUUCUGAUGAGUUGGUAGCUGACAAGGAAUUGCAAGAUUUAUCAGAGACCUCAAUGACUUGCUGCCGUCCUGCAUCACCUUCAUGCACGGAAGCUGUGCUAGACCUUUUAAGACAAGCUGUAGAAACUGGAAGAGCUAUGAUACUUGAUGGCAGUGCCUUAGAUGCUGAUGUGGUUUAUGAAAGAUCAGUUGCCUUUGCCCGAAAAGCCCCAUCUGAACCUAUUUUUAGACACCGUCCUCAGAAGGUGAAGGCUGCCAUUAAAGAAGUUGAAAGCCAAAAAUCUGGGGAUUUAGAAGCAGAUGAGGCAGUACCAGUAGCUGCAACUGUAAAUAAAUUUAACGAAAAGAAAUCAAAUGAAAAGAUAUCAAAGGAAAGGAAGAGCUUCAAAACUCAUAAAGGAAAAGAAAUCGAAGCGGAGACCCUAGAUGUAAUUCCCCAGGGAAGCCUUAAAAUAGAUGAGUUGGCCAAGUUGCUUGCCUAACUUAUGUGAUUUAUUGUUCAUGUAUGCCCAUCAUAGGAAAACAUGAUGAAUUUCGGCUGCAUUUACUUGAUGGAAUGAAAAUCACUAAUCAAGUUAUGAAUUUACAAAAUCACAGCAUACGGAAUCAGAUUAAAGUCGUUGGAACUUAAGGUUACCUUAUUGGAGUGGUAUGAUUCUACCAAAUACUAGGUACUAUACUUCUGAUUUCCCUGUCACUGUCACAUGUUCUUUUCCUCCACAAAUUAUUAGGUCUAUGUGUAUUAAUUUUUGUCAUCCCUGUAAAUUUUAAGAGUGAAUUGAUUUAGCUAAAUUGAGGGAGAAAUUCCCAUUGUCUUUUUUUAUACUCAUUUGCUUGUACAUACUCGGUAUUCAGUAGUACAUAUCUGGUUGAAAUUUGAAUUCA